UGACUUCUGGAGUGCCUGGGGUUAGAGGAGAAGAGGAUUCUGUUUCUGCCCAGAGGAGCACCAAGGCACCUGAGCUGGGUUGUACUAAGAAAGGAGUAGAGAGGGUGAAGGGUCAAUUAGUGGCUGCUGAGCCUCAUCCUCUUAAUUUUAUAGACUUGGACCCUCUCUCCUGCCCCUGGCAGGGUUCUCUGGAAUAGAUGGAAGCAGAGCAGUGCAAUGCAAAAAGUGCAGCUCUGCUGAUCCGCGUCCUGCGGCUCCUGGCUUCCACUGCACUUCAUGAAACAGGUGCUUGUCAAAUGUGAUCGCUGUGGACAUUGUUCAGUGGUUCCUGUGUCUAUAAAAAUACCCUCCACCAGCACUCAUCCUCCACACGCAGGCUGGGUUGUUCCAGGAAAGCUAGGAGCAAAUCCUGUAGCUAAGCCUGCCCUUCCUUUUGUUGAGUUGUGGAAACAGCUAGGGGCAAUGGGAGAGAAGCAUGUGACUUAAUGUGUUAUCAUCUCUGGGUACUGUGGGUGCUAUUUUUGCUUCCUUCAGGGAAAAGUUAAAUGUUGUGAUUUGGAUAUUCACGACGGAUGGUUUUUAAGGGAGAAAAUGGAAGGGUGUUGCUGACAUCUGGUCUCCACACCUGGUUCCUGGAGAUACAUCGGUGUUUUCUUUGGGAAGUUUGAUGGUAGGAGUGCACAGAAACCCAGAGAACCCCAGGGGUGGUGGGGACAGCAAGUGAAACUUGACUGCCAUGGCUUUGGUCAGCCACUGCUGCAAUACUUCAGGGCUGCGAAGGUUUCAGUGGUCACAGCCCCUGAUACAAGCAAUUGGAAGAGCAUUCACUGUCCUUGUUCUGUGCCUGCUUUGCUCAGGCAGUGUAAGGACCAGAUUCCAUGCGUGUGCACUCAGGACUGAGCCGCUCAGCAGUGUAGUGCCCUGCUGGGAGCCUGUGUCCAGCCAAAGGGCUGAAGCCAAUGCUUUCGGAUGGCUGCUGUUUUCUAUUGGGUGGUUCUCACGUGUCCAAUGCACGCUUCUGGGUUUUGGCACCAUGUCAUGUUGCUCCCAUGUCAUUGUCUGAUGGAAUUGGCCAGGUUUAAUUCAAUAGAUUGUGCUGCGUAUUGAGCUGCCAUCAGCGCAGAUGCUUUAUGAAGAAGGAGCCCAUUUAACGAGCGCUUCAUUUCUCCCUCUCUGCCCACUGUGACCUUCAGAGUUGGAGCCCUGCUGGGUGCUGUGGCUCCAGUCCAAGCAGAGGAAGCCCAGCCUGCUGCUGGCACUGAGCUCCUGGGAAUCGGGCUGGAACAUGAGGAGAGGAUUUCCCAGUAUUUCCACCUCUGACCUUCAGAGCUGUACAAAUGCUAGUAUUAAACUCAUUACAGGAGAAGCCCUCCCGGUGACCUCGCGCGGAUAACUCUCCCCCGCUCUUUAUCUGGCUUUAUUUCUGAGGCAGAUAAAUGAUGCUAAUAUCCCCUCUCCGGCUCCUCCAGCCAAGAGCGUGGCCCCAUCCCCUGAUUCCGACAGAGCCCGGCCGGGCACGGGCGAGCCCCGAGCUCCCUCUCCGCGACCGGGAGGAGCCCCGCGCUGGGGCUGGGGCCGGGGCCGGCGGUGAGGGAGGGCCCGCGCAUGCCUGCCGUGAGCCGGGCCCCCCGCCCGGGCGAGGCUGAGCUCCGCGCAGCCGUUGCCGGCCGAGGGAGGCUGCUCCCCGACCGAGCUCCGCGGGGCUCUCCCGCACCAGCCACCUGCUGCGCCCGGAGCCGCCCCGCGCUGCCCCGGCCCUGUCCGUGGUGCUGCCGGCUGGCCGCGGCUCCGUGCCGGCUGCGGAGCAUCCUGUUGCACCGGAGCGUUUGCGAAAGAGCCUCUGCCCGGGGGAUGCGCUCCUCGCUCGGAACAAUGGCUGCGCUGCCACGGCUGCUGUGCGCGUCUUCGGCCGCCUUGGUCGUCUGGGUAUGUGUUGAAGUCCCAUCAGAGACGGAGGCUGUCCAGGGCUCGAACAUGAAGCUGCUCUGCAUCUCCUGCAUGAAAAGGGAAGAGGUCACAGCCAGCACAGUGGUGGAAUGGUUCUACAGGCCGGAGGGUGGAAAAGAUGAACCCAUCUACGAGCACAGGAAAAUGAAUCACGAAUUUCCAAGCCGCUUCAGUGGUCGGAUACAAUGGAAUGGCAGUAAAGACAUGCAGGAUGUAUCCAUCACUGUGUUAAAUGUCACCUUGAAUGAUUCGGGUAUCUACACCUGUAAUAUCACCCGGGAGUUUGAGUUUGAGAUUCACCGGCCUCUCUUCACAAGCUCCAGAUUGAUCCACCUCACCGUGGUCGAGGAGGCUGGAGAAGACUUCACCUCAGUCAUCUCUGAAAUCAUGAUGUAUAUUCUGCUGGUCUUCCUCACCUUGUGGCUACUGAUAGAAAUGGUUUAUUGCUACAGAAAAGUCUCUAAGGCAGAGGAGGCUGCCCAGGAAAAUGCGACAGACUACCUUGCAAUUCCAUCCGAAAACAAGGAAAACUGUGCCGUGCCCGUGGAGGAAUAGCAGAGAGCAGUCUGCAGAGUGCACGGCACCAAGGGGCUCUGAAGACAGAAGGACCACGUCGUGCCAGCCAGGUUUGAGGGGGAGCUCUACGCCAUCGGGAGGAAAUACGGGGAAGUGUAAAUUCUCUUCCAUUUGCCUUGGACUGUGUACAGCCUUGACUUUGGCCUCAUGACUCCAUUCUGAGCUGCCAGCCCAUUUGUUAAAGGACUCUCCUUUUGAAGCAUGCUGAGCAAAGGGCACAGGGGGUGUGGGCAGCACGGCUCCUUCCCAAGUUUCAGUUCCAUCAUCACGUUAAUGGCUUUGUAACUGUUAAUGUCAUUUCUUAGCUGCUGUCACCACCACCUUUCUUUGCAAAAUAUGCUAGUUCUCCAUUGCAGACAUAAAGGGUAUGUGUAUUGUUACUCUGACCUGCAGGAUUGGGAAUAACUUCAUCUUAAGGUGAUGAUGUUCCACCACGUGCUACAGCCCACGAAGUCGCUAUAGGUGUUAAACAGGAAGAGUUUAAUUAGCGUAGUCGUUGCUCAGUAAGUUCCUUUGGACUUUGGGCUGCCAGUGCAGACGUAGAGUAGCAUGAGAACUAUAAAUGCAUUAAAACAGAUAAAAAUGUGUAGUAGGAAGAUGAGUGCCUGUGCUAUGGUCACACCUGCUUCUGAAGGAGGGAGCUGAGAAUAUAAAUCCUGAAGUACUCCUAAUUUGGGAGGCUGUGUAAUGUAAGUAUAAGAAUCCCCUGUCCCCUCCCUUUCACUUAGCAAGUGUCGAAAUUCUUAGUUCCUCCCAUUUGCCUUGUGCAGCAGGUUUACUCCUCAAGCAUACAGAGACACAGUGAUAGGAAUAACCUGUGGAGCCGUGUUCAGCAACCACAGGGGAGCCAGUGAGACAAGGUACGCCUUUAACCUGUUUCUGGGGGAUGCUCUGAAAGGGAGACAGCUGGAUGCAAACAGGCAAGCAAAGUAAAUAGGAUGCAUAACCCUCUGAGUGGGGCACAGCUUUGUGGAAUGAUAGUACUUGUAACUGUGACGGUCCUCUUGUACUAUAUUGCAGCACCACCUAGAGGAAUAGAGAGAAAAUGUUUAUUUUUUCCCAGUCUGUAGUAAUUACGUCUUGUGAUCAGUCAUCAAUUUGAAUAGUCAGUCUUCACUGUAAAUGACACACUUGUGCACAGGAAAUAUGUUGUAAAUUCAAUGGUCCCUAUGCAUACUUACCUUCUAAAUCUUAGUGGCUUAAGCAGAGUGAAAUUAGUUUUCUGGCUUCAAACGUGGAUCAGUUGAGCCCAACCACCAGGAUUAUGAGGAAGAAAGAGGCAGACACAUUGGCCAGGGUGGAGUUGUAGUUUAGGCUGAAGUGGGAGAAGAUUGAGGAUUUUUUCGUAUGGGAGAUGUUGUUACAUCCCUGCUGCAAUGGAGCCCUUCCUGCUUGCAAGAGCUGACCAAUAAUUUUGCUACACUGACCGCUUCUAAAUACUACAAAGUGCUUGUGAACCUCAAGGCAUGCUUCUUACGUACAGAAUUUCCCCUGCUUAUGUUCUGCUGCAGUUUGUGUUGCUAAAAAUCACCGAAACGUCUCCGUUUGUAAGUCAGGUCCAGGCCAGAUUUCUAACUGGCCCUUGUUCAAAAUUCCUUUUUUUAGAGGAAGUUGCAACUUUAGUCAACUGCUACGAUCCAGUCUUCACAGAGCUGAGUCUGGCAACCUGAGCACAUGUUGCAGCUGAAGCACGCUUGUAGUCUGGGCACUGGUUCCUUAAACUCUAAUAUCCCCAAAUACCUCCUCCUCUAAUUCUGCUGGGUCUCUUCAUUUUCCCUAGGCCAACUUGCCUGGCCUCAGGGCACCUGGGGGCAUAAUCCUAACUCUAGAUCCACAGCAACAGAGGAGUUGUCACUGCAGGUUCCGUCGCUGAUCGUGGCACUAACACCCAGGGUGAUUUUUAGGUAAGGCCACAGAAACCCCUCUCCCACUUCAGCCCCGUCCCUCCCAGCCCUUGUGAAGCGCUGACAACCUGCAGGUGGUACAAUGCUGAGGCAGAAAAAAAAAAAAAAGAGGAGCAAAAGGAAAGUUUCUGGAGAGAGCUACCUGGGGUGGUACAGAAGGGCUGUCCUGCAGUCCUGCACCUUGCGGCAUUUUACACUCAUCUCCUUUAGAUGCUUUUUGGACACGUCUUUCACUUUUCCAGUUCCUGCAUAUGUCUAUUGCCCUGUGUUAUCCUAGAUGGGGAAACGGUGUCUAAAUUUUGCUCAGGAUUCCCACAGUGACAAAAAAACAAAAGUUGGAUGUUUCAAGGGCAGCGUUAAAGGCAGGCUACGUCCAGG